CAAAAUCCCAGGGUGACUCACCUGAUCCUCCCCUUGUAAGUGAAAAUAAAAAUGUCGAUAAUAUCAAUAUUUUUAAUUUCAUUACCGUUUGAGUUCUGUAUUCUGUCCUUAUCUUUUCAACAAACGAAAUCACCUAACUCAGUACCGAAUACUUCGGCACCCUCGGGCCGUCUUGUAGGAUGAGUUUGCGCGAAACAAUUUUUUAUUCGACCUGUUGGGUUUCUGCUAUUGAAUAAGGACGUAAUGUGUUGACAAUAUACAUUGCACUUUGACACCACGCUAUCUCUUUUCGCUGCAUGUAACAAAAAGAGAUUGACGUUAGACUAAAUGUUUAGUAUAUUUAUAACCAUGUCAUAAGAAAAUUAUGUAUAUAAUACAUAAUACUAAAAUUAUAUUUUCAUGUCGAACAUGAAUAUGGCAAUAUUUUGUGGACAAUAUGGAUUGAAUCCUUCAUUCCCAUCGCCCAUUCCCAUAAAACGCAAAAAUUUUUCAUUGUUUCUCCAUUCUUGUUUGCUUAUGUUUGCUUAUAAGAUGGGCAAAUACAAACUUAAAAUAGUCAGCACACGAUAAACGCAUUUGAUAAUUAAAAAUAGUCAGCCCACGGUAAACACCUCUGAUAUUUAAUUAAUAAUAGUCAGCACACGAUAAACGCCUCUAAUAUUUAAUUAAUAAUAGUCAGCCCACGGUAAACGCCUCUAAUAUUUAAUUAAUAAUAGUCAGCACACGAUAAACGCUUCUGAUAUUUAAUUAACAGUAAUCUACACACGAUAAACGUCUCUGAUAAUUAAAAGUAGUCAGCCCACGAUAAACGCCUCUGAUAUUUAAUUAAUAACAGUCAGCACACGAUAAACGCUUCUGAUAUUUAAUUAAAAGUAGCCAGACCACGGUAAAUGCCUCUGGUAGUAAUUAAAAAUAUGAUUAUAAUUCACGGCUUACUGCUGUAGACAGUCUACGGCGACGGAAACCUUUUGACAUUACAUUGUCUUAUGAUAGGUAUCCUACACCUGUCUAUACCAGUGCCUCUGCAUUCUAACCUCUAACUUUCUUUUGGACAGGGUUAGAUUGACCAGGACAUCACAGUUGACCACGUGUGUCAUGCUUUCUCCAGGAUGCAUUAUCGUAGCACGUCUCACCACUUUCCUUCCCACAGCGUUUUCAAGAGACACUACAACAGAACUUAGUUCAACAGUUCACUGAACUGCUUGCCCCAGGUCUUGAGCAAGUGCAAGCAGUGCAAAGGUGGAAAGUCUGAAAUGGCCUGGUUCUUUUCAACUGAACUGCUGCACUAGUUCAGAGCGCUAUAUUAGAUCCGAAGGGUGUUAAUAGUCAAAUUAAGAAGGCUAUAUUGAGUCCUGGUCAAGGAGAUAACGAUUCCCCACCAACGCAAUCAGAAUAUUAAAACAUGGAAACAACGGGAAGUGCAUACAUUAAAAGGGAUGCAGCUGAAAAUAUUUUGGUUGAUGAAAAUGGAAAUGUUACUUGUGAAUCCAAAGAACAAACCAAGAUAGAAGAAAGACAUUUUUUGGGAUGAUGCAACAACUAAACUGUUUUUGGAAUUAUAUGAGAAAAACAGUGAUUUCUUAGUAAACAGAAAAAUUAAAACCAAGAAAAUAUUAUGGCAAAAAAUAACAGAAAGUAUGCAAAAACAUGGAUACAACGUGACACUUGUACAAGUCGAAAAUAAAUAUAAGUCUUUAGAGAGAUCGUUCAAAAAUAUGGUUUUAAAUAAUAUUAAAACAGGCAGAGCUCGCAUGUCAUGUCCAUAUGAACAACAGUUAACUAAACUUCUGGGUCAUAAGCACAACAUUCGACCAUUGGCAAUAUCUGGAAAGCAAGGUCUACUUUUAAGGGAUGAUGUCCAAAUUAGCACACCUUUGCAAGUUCCUAAUCUUGAGAUUCAGACUGAUAAAGCUAAUACCUGUGAUAUGAAUAAUCAAAAUGGAGUUAAUUUAAAUACAGAUGUAAAUGUAGAAUCAACAUCAAAUUCAAGGAAUACUACAUUGGAAAUAAAUGCAAGCCACACUGAAAAUGAUUGUUCAAAUCAAACAUUGUCACAUAGUACGCACAGAAAACAAACGGUUAGAACGACAAGAUUUACAGAAAUUUUUCACAAAACGAUCGAAAAACUUUUAAGCGAUAUUCAACAUGACAAGGAGAUAAAAAAUGAAAUACAAACACAGUUUGUAACGGAAUAUAAAGCAAUGAGAAAUACAUAUGAACAAUCAAUGAAAAAUAUAGAGGAACAACUAAUAAAGGCAAAUCAAUUGAGAGAAGAAAGAAAUGAAUUGUUAAGAGAAAUUUAUCUGAAAACAAACAUUAACAUUAAUGAGCAUUAAAAAAGUUAGAAAGUUAAAAAUGUAUAAUUCAGCAAGAGUACAAUUUACAAUUUGUCCAAGAGUUCAACGCAGUAAAUAAAUGCGUGAAAUUUUAUUUUAUUUUUUCGGAUUCAGGGAAAUUGUCCCACACAAGUUCCUUGCUUUAAGAGCAAUCUUAUAAAUAAAACGUUAUUAAUGGUUAAGAAAUGUUUUGUUUUACAUACCCUAACAGCACAAAGUCGACUUUAAGUCGACUAUGAGUCGGCCAUAACUGCUAGACGUCUGGAAAAUGGACGUCCAUAAAUCGACUUUAGACGACUUAAAGACGUCUAUAAGUCAUACAAUGUCCCACUUUAAUCGACAACUAUAAGUCGACUUUUAGAGACGUCUUUAAGUCAUACAUUUGAAGACAACUAUAAGUCGACUAUAGUUAGCCAUCCUACAGACAUUCUAUGCAGUUGUAAAGGAAGGAAUAUUGAAAUUGGGAAAAUAUGUUAUAACAUUUUUUACUUGUUUGAUUCGUUUUAUUUAAAAAAAA